CGGGGUGCGGGUCUCGCUCUGAGGGCCGGGGUGCGGGUCUCGCCCUGAGGGCCGGGAUGCGGGUCUCGCCCUGGGGCCGGGAUGCGGGUCUCGCCCUGGGGCCGGGGUGUCGCGAAGGAAGCAGCUGGUGCGGAGCCUGUUCCCGCUCUCUGGGCUGGUUGUCGGAGGGGCGACACCUCGGCAUAGAAAUCCCCAGCACAGAAUUCCCACCUGAGUGUCUAAGAAUUUUGUUCUUUCUCUUUUUUCCUCUCCCGCAAGCCUUCCAGCGGUGCGCCUGUUUUGCCUGCUCGGCAGUGCUCCUGGAGCUGCAGCCUGGUUUCAGUCCCGACACUUUGAGGAUGAUGCAAAACCCAUUCUGCCGGUGGGUGGGUCUGUUCACCAGUAUAUGCCAGAGCAAGGGUCAGAGGAAUUCUGCCAACUGCUUGUGGAAAACCAGUUGCAUGCAGUAGUGCACCUGGUGUGCCUUCUGGGACAUUGAGGUGAUCACGGAAGAAGCAAGCAAAAAAUAAUGGAGAAAGCAGGCAGACUAUCAGGGGAGUCCUUUCAAGGAAUCCAGCACUCCCCUGCUCCUCCUGACAAGGUAUGAUGCCAAUAUAAGAUUAAUCCACACUUGUAGCUCCUCCUGAAUCUUUAUCAGAUAACACUCUACAAAGGGCUGGAGAAGAGUUUCUGUGAGCCUCCUGAAGGUAUUUUAAAUAAGUAAUAAUAUCUUUUCCAUCUGUUAACACCCCAAACACCUGAUAUCCUCAGCUAAAACAGCAGUGGAUAGCCAUGUAGUUAGGGAAUUUUAGUUUCCCUGCUCCUCUGAGCCUUGUAGCAUCCCUAAUGCAUUUUCAGCAGCAGUUUACAGGGAAUUGCAGCAAACUUUUCAACCACUGUUUUUACUUUCCAUGUGCAACGUAUUGCAACCUUGCAGCGUGCUCUAUACCAAAUUUAUGUUUUUCCAUAAAAACUGAAUGCUUUGAUACAAACUUCAUCGUUUCAUUGCCAGUUCUGCCUUCCAACUGCCUUAUAUUUUGGUUUUCUGCCUUUUUUCAGUCCUUGGCAUCCUGUUCCCUGUGCUCUUGUUUCCCGUCUUGCUCUUGGCCAGAUGUCUCCACUGCUGGCUUUGACCUGCAGAGGCAACUUUGUUCCCCUAGACUGAAGCCCCACUUUUUUCACUCUUCCUUGACUUCAGGUCCUUUCAUUGACCUUUAAGCUUUGCUUGCCAGGGGAGCUUGGAAGCUGUGUAAACAGCAGCAGCAGCAACGCACAUGUGGUCACUGGCUGCCCACCCCUGCUACACACCUAGCAGCUGAAUAGAAACCAGGUGCAAGAGGGGGGUUAUCAUCUAGUUCUUAGAGGGUUUUUUUCAAUAUUCCUUCUUUCCAAACUUGAUUUCUCAAAAUCAAAACCAUUUGUGAUGAAUUUACAGAUAAGCAGCAUAGUACCACAAGACAUGGUGGAAGAAUUAGCAAGCUCCACAUCCAUCUCACAUGUCCAGUGCUGCCACACAACUAAUAAAGAUUCCUGUAGCUCUCUGCUGCCAGGAUGCCCAAUAACACACUGUCCUGUUUGUGCAUGGAGCCCAGGUCCCUUUGGCAUGCCCUUGAUACUCUCUGCCAAAAGGAAUUUCAUUGGUUUGUCCUCAGAGGCUUCCCGUGUCCUGAGGGGAGCUCGUGUGUUGGCAAGGAGAGAAACUGAUGGCUAUUACUACCUGGGCCACAUUGUCCAGGAGGUGAAGGGCUCCAGGGAAGGCUUUUUAAUUGAGUUUGACCAAAGUCAUGCUCUGAAGGGCAAGGUCCAGCAUGGCCAGCAGGAAACGCCUGUCUAUGACAUUCUCCACUACGAAGACGCCCGGCGACAGCCUCUUGCUCCAGGUGACAGGGUCUUGGCACCAUGGGAGGCUCCAGCCAAACGUUUUGGCCCUGGCACUGUGCUCAGGGUUGUGGAGAACACAAAGGCACCUUUAGAACACAAUGAAAGGGGAGUGCUUGUGAGUUUCUGGAAUGGGCAGACUAAGGAGGUGUCUUCUGUCCAAGCUCUGCGGAUUCCCCUGCCCCUAAGCGAACGCAUCAUCCUGGAGCUGCAGAUGCCUUUAGCAGCCAGGCAGAUGGUGGUAGAUUCAAGCUUGGAUUACCCCUAUCUUGUGGCACCAGGAUACAGAGCCUCAGGGCACCACAGACAGGGUCACCUGGACCUGGAUUGCUGCCCAGGGGCUCUGUGUUCCACACAUCCCUGUGCAAAGUGCAGCUGGGGGUGUACCUCCCUUCCUCAGUGCUGCCUUGGAGCCUGGGAUCCCACACGGCCUGCAGAGGGCAAAGUGCAGCAGGAAAAUGCCUUCAUCCCACGGGCAAGCUUGGCUGAAGAAAACCUCAGCAAGAAAAUAGAACAGGAACUGUCUGAAUUGAGGAUUGCAUCUUCAGAAAGUGUUUCCAGAGAGGAAGAGAAAAAGGAAGAGAAGAGAUUGGAGAUGGAAAACAUUCCAAAAUAUGUUAGGUGUUGUUUGGAAGAGGACCAUGAGGUUAUAGAAACUGAGAAGGGCCCUCAGAGGGAGAUGGCUCAUGCUGUGGUUGAUGCUGCUGUCAACACAGACAGCUGGUUAAUGGAGACAGAUCACAAAGAAGAAGCAGAGAGCAGACAGCAGGAUGCUGAAACUGAAGCUAAUUUUGAACAUGAGCAUGGCCUUUUUGAGUCCAGAGAGGCAGAAGCUCCAGUCCAGCAUUCCCAAGGGAGCCCUUCCCUGGGAAGCAGUGCUCUGCUUCCCUUCAGGUGCCAGAGCUUCUUUGCCCAAGUGAAUCAAUCGCUGGAGAAAGACAGCCUGACCAUCAGAUCAGCCCUUUGUGUGCAGAGACCACACAGUGCCACCAACCUGCUGGCUGGGAGAUCCACACAUCCCCCAAGUCUUCUAAAAGACAAAAACAUCAAUAAUAAAUCAAUCCUUAGUGGUGCAUCUCAGCAGAGGUGGAAAGAACUGGACUUCAGCAGAGCCAAGAUUGAGCACAAAAGGUGGCAAGAGGAACAGAGGCAGCUGAAGAGGGAGCAGCAGCAAGCGGCAGAUGGCAUCCGACGCCAGCUGCGCCGGGACAGCCAGAGGCAACAAUUGCGUCAGAGAACAUUGCAAGUGCUGGAGAAACAGCUGGAGCACAAAGAGAGAGCUUUGCAGCACAUGGCACUGCUCCAGGCUGCUGGGGCUGAGAGGAGCAGGAAGGAAUCCUUCUUUCGAGAGGAGGAGGAGAGGAAGGCAAGGCAGAGGCUUCAGUUCUUAAAGACACAGCAUUUGAAGAGAGAGGAGUUGCAGGCAGAAAGCAACAAAAGGAGCUGUGAGAAAGAGAAAGAAAGGCUGGAGUUCCUGAGGAGCAGAAUGCAGUCCCGGCAGGAAGCGCUAGAACAAGAAUCCCAGGAGCAGGACAAACAGCAAAACCAGCACCAGGCUGCCAAAGUGAGAGUGUUCCAGAGGAGAGAGAGUUCUCAUCGGAAGAUGGAAAAAGAAGGCAAAAAACUCCAUGCUCUCCAGCAGUACCUCAGGGAACAGAACCUUCUGCUGCUCCGGGCAUCCCUGCUCGCAUAAGGAAGUUGCACAGUGGGUCAGGAGCAGGGCCUGGAGCAGUUCACAGGCCUGUUGUGUCUUGUCAGCUGUGUCAGUGUGCCAGAGCAGAGUUGUGACAGGUGGCAGUAGGAUUCCUGGAGACGUGUUUCAUCUCCCUUUCACUGCAGCCAGAGUGCGCUUCCGCUGCUCUGUCCUUUUCCUGCCUUUCUCUCUGGGGUCACUGGCCUCCCCGAGAGGGAGCAGCAGGGCACAUCUAGAGGCCCUUUGCUCCAUCAGAAAGGAGGGGUUUUCCAGUGCAUUGCACUGUGGUGAGUGGAGUGCCAAAGGAGAAGAGGAGGAGGAGGUUAAGCUGGUCACAUCCUGAAGUGUUCCCUCACAUCAUCCGAGGUACAAAAUUCGCUGUGGCUGUGCCACAGGGAAUGCACUGAUCGCCUCUGGGUAACCAGAAAUUUCAGAUGGGUUUUUAGGAAAGGAGAAUGGACAUGGCACAAUUUAUCUGCUGAAACAGUCAGAGCUAUGUGAAAUAUCUUUAUUUUACACAGAAUUAUGCUAAAAUGAAUACAGUAUGUGUGAUACCUUGUUUCAAAUAAUGCCUAGAACCAAACUAGAUAUAAAAUUUAGCUUUGGCCUGACAUUCUGUGUACACUUAGAAACAUGAUACACAUUUUCUGGAGCAUUAUAAAAAUUUAUGCCUCUUACUAGAAUACAGCACCAGUUACAAUGGCAGUGUCUUAAAAAAAAAAAAAAAAAAAAAAAAAAAAAAAAGUAAAAUUAAGAAAACUUAAAGGGAGCUCCUUUGAAAUCCUGCCAGAUCUUCUGAAUGGCCAGCAGUUUCCUAGCAGUAAGUGUCAGACUGCAUUCCUCCACGGAUAAUGGAGAGGCUAUGCCUUCAGCUUUUCCCUAAAAAGACAAAGUCUCUCAUCCAGAUGUUUACAAACUACUCUGAGGCCUUAAUAGCUAAAAUGGGUAUUUUUAAACUUCAGGAUCCAAAAUGUGCAUGAGCCAUCCUCAGAUUUUUGCUUAAAAAAAAAAAUAAAAAAGAGGGAAGAGGAUAGAUGAACUUAAAUAGGUGAAGGCUUUCACAAACAAAAUAUCAAAGUUAAGGUCUGAAAAAAAAUAUAACUUGCUUCAUAUCAUGGAAACUACAUGUGAGGCACAGUUUUACAUUUUAGAUGUGAAAUGCCAUCAUUUGGAACAGUUUCCACUCUGUUGUCAGUCUGGAAAAGUUGGCUGGAAUUUGCUCAGCAAGAACAUGGAUGGUUGUGCCCCAGGCCUGGCACACACCCUGCUGACAGGGAACAUGGGUGCUGCUGGCACAUGAAGAUUUUCUUUAGGGCAGUGUUUGGGGAUUGCUUGCUUCUCCUCUUGUUGGAGUUCUCUUUUACAUAAAAUCAUGUGCUAGUUAGGACAAAUCUCUGCCUGCUUAUGACUCUAACUAGAUUUAAAGAAAAAAGCCUAGAACUUACAAGGUGUAAAACUGUACUCCUGCUUUUAUCCUUUUGUACUUGGAAAUGGAAUAUGCAGUGAUUAAAGGGAAGUACAUGAAAUGUACUGAGCUGAAUCUAAA